AUUCAAUAUUCAUUAGGUGAUUCUAAAGGAUUGCAUAGCAAAGUAUUUUGUCUUUUUUUAGAAGUAAAUUGUCAUGAAACUAUAAAAACUUGUAGAGAGAUAAAAGUUUGUGAAAUAGCUAAUAUAAAUAUAGUAACAACUCCACAUUAUAAUAUUAAUCCUGAUACUGAUUUAAUUCUUCAUGAUGAUAAUAAUUUGAAUAAAGAAAAUCAAAUUAAAAUUAAUACAAUUGGUGAAAAUCAAGAUGAAAAUACUUCUAAUGAAAAAUAUAUUAUUCAAAAAACUUCUUUAAAAAACAAAAUAGAAAUUAUGAAAGAUUUAAGGAGAUUAUACCAUGCUAGAGAAUGUGUAAAAGGUGAACUAUAUUCCUAUAUGUUUAUUUCUAUGUAUAGUAACAACUAUAAUAAUGGUUAA